CUUCUCAGAGCGCAUGCGCCGCCGCAAGCUGGCUGGCAGUGAUUGGACGGCCAUCGGCAGCGGGGUGGAGCCCGCCGCGUCUGUUUUUAGGCGGGAUUGAAACCGCCGUUGCUGCAGAGAGGAGCACUUGCAGUUGCGGGUUCACGCCGAGGACGGGACAUGGUGCGGCCUGCGAGAAAUAAGAAACCAGUCAAUUACUCACAGUUUGAGGAUUCUGAUAGCGAUGAUGAUUUUAUUUCUGCAACUGUACCUUUAAGCAAGAAAUCCAGAAUAACACCAAAAGAAUUAAAACGAGACAAACCGAAACCUAACUUGAAGAAUGUCGAGAGAGAAGACAUUCUACUACAAGAGAAAACCCCCAACAAAAGAAUGGCUUUAGAUGACAAGAUCUUCCAGAGAGGCUUAGAAGCUGCUCUUGCUUUAUCAGUGAAGGACCACCCAGUGGUCAUCAAUGAUGUGCAGAAGUCUCCAGAUAAAAACAUUGAAAAACAUGGCAACAGUAAAACAGAAAUAAUGAAUAAAUCUCUGCAUAUCUCUAAUUGCAGCGUAGCUGCUGAUUAUUUAGAUUUGGACAAGAUAACCGAGGAAGGUGAUGCCCGUGGUGUCCAGGGGAAAAGAAAAGCAUCAACUAAAGCUGUGGCUCAGCAGAGGAGGUUGGGCUCAGAAGGCAGUGAUGGCGAUAGUGCUGAUGACACCGAGCCAGGCGAUUUAAGCGGUGACUAUUCUGAAAAUGACUCUGAUUUUGAUGAGAGUGAAGAUAAUGAGGAAGACUUCACUGUGCCAAAAAGUAAAGUAAAAGAAAAUAAAAAGAAAGAAGUGAAGGUAAAAUCCCCAGUAGAAAAGAAAGAGAAGAAAUCUAAAUCCAAAUGUAAUGCUUUGGUGGCUGCAGUAGACUCUUCUCCAGCUACAAUCAAAUCAGAAUCCCAGUCCUCACAAAAGGAGGUUUCUUCUUCAGAGGCCACUUGGAGACCAUUGCAGAUCCGCAGUCCUUCAGCUGAACGCAGGAGACCAAAGUGGGUCCCACCAGCAGCAUCCGGAAGUGGCAGCCAUGACAGCAGCCCACUGGGAGGCAUGGCCGUUAAGUCCCCCAGUCAGAGUCUCCGCCUUGGCUUAUCCAGAUUGGCACGAGUUAAACCUCUGCAUCCAAAUGCCACUAGUAGCCAAGUGUGGUGACAAAGAAAUGUUUGGGAGAAUUUGAUUUGUGUUUAUAGUUGAGGAGGGUAUUGUAAUAUAAGGGAAUCCUUUAACAUGUUGUAUAAAUGAUCUUUCCCAUUUUAAGGUUAUGUUCUCUGAAAAGCUCUUCAGGACUUCAGGAGGUCUCAUUUCAUUCCUUUUGAAGAGCAAACUGUAUUUUCUUAUGUAUCACAAGUCAUUGCCAUUAAGUGCUGGCAGUGUGACAUGGAGAAGUCCGUGUCUUCUCGCGGUGUGAUGUUCCUUCCUAGCUGUCUAUUUAUGGCCACUGUCAUUUCUUUCAGAGGCAUUUUUGAAAUCCUAUAAGCUAUUAAGCUACAUUGUCAGUUUUAUUGCAAGGAUGUUUUGUAUUUUGUCCAAUCUUACAGUAAGAGUUAGAACUAUUUUACAUAUUUAAAUGGUUACUGUACUAUGGAUUGUAUACCCUAUUUGGAAAUAGAUGGUUAUUGUGUAGCAAAUAGAAUUUAAUGACAUUUUACAAAUUCUUCACUGUCAAAAAUCUUAAAUAAAAGUGAGAAAGCUUUGAAAUGAUCUUUUCUUUGAUAGCAUUGCAUCCACUUGUCUCUAAUUGUCUGCAAUUCCUGAUAAAAGAAGAGUGCUACAAAGAAUGUUAGUCUUUCUGUUGUAGACACAACCAAAGGGAAGCUGUUUCUUUUCUUUUCUUUUUUUUUUUUUGGUACUGGGGAUCGAACUCGGGUCUUUAGCUUGCGAGGCAGGCGGUGGAACCACUGAGCUAAAUCCCCGGCCCAAGAAGCUGUUUCUUAAAGUAGUCCCUUUAUAUUAAGCCAGUGCUUUAAAGACUGGCUGUCAAAUAUGUAGUUGUCUUUCUUAUGGUAUUAAAUAAUAGAGCUUUUUAGGAAACUUCAGUUUGAAUCAUGAAUAAAAAUGGUAAUGAAUAUUUUCUAGUAAUAGUGAGAAUUUCAGCCUGCCUCUGAUCACUUUUUAGUAAAGAAAAUCAGUUGUUGACCUUAAAAAAAUGUAUAAUACUCGGUUCUUGCUUUAUGGAAACAUGUGUUAACAUGAAAUGAGUAAUUUUGAUUCAUGAUUAAAAGCACUUGCCUGUU